AUGUUUCCCCUGCGCGCAUUAACCUUCACUCCACUCCCUUCCCUCCACCUCAAACCCUCCCAUCUCCUCCCUCCACAAAACGCCGUCAUUUCAUCCGCAGUAACCAACAAAUUGUCCAUCUCAGACGCGGACCUUGAAUCCCGAGGCUUCAAUCUCCACCGCACGAUUGCAGACCUCAAUUUGGACCACCUCAACACCGUCUUCGUAGCGGUUGGAUUCCCCAAACGGGACCCGCAAAAGAUCAGACUGGCACUAGAGAACACAAACUCUCUAUUAUGGGUGGAGUACAAGAAAACCCAGAAGCCAGUUGCAUUUGCUAGAGCAACCGGUGAUGGCGUUUUUAAUGCUAUUAUUUGGGAUGUUGUCGUUGACCCAUCAUUUCAAGGAAUUGGGUUAGGGAAAGCUGUAAUGGAGAGGUUGAUUGAGGAGUUGUUAGAAAAAGGUAUUAUUAAUAUUGCUUUGUAUUCUGAGCCUCGGGUUCUCGGGUUUUAUAGGCCUUUGGGGUUUGUGGCAGAUCCUGAUGGGAUAAAAGGGAUGGUGUAUUCAAGAAAAAAGAAUAGCAAGAUAUAA